ACCAGGCGGGCCCCGAGGCGGCGAGCGAGCGCAGAUACUCCUGGGACACCGUCUGCUCGCCAUGGGCUGCGACAGCAAGUUCUUCCCGGCGGAGGACGACGGCUACCGCUGCGGCCUGGACGAAGAGACACGGAGGGUCGCCAGCUCCGAGCUGAGGGAGGACGAGGCGGCUCGGGCCGCCGCGGUGCAGCAGCUCAGGGACUGGGUGCUCAGGCACCCGGCCAUCAGGAAGUGUCGCACGGACUCAGUGUUCCUGCUGCGGUUCCUGCGCUCCAAGAAGUUCAGCGUGCCGCUGGCCCAGGAGAUGCUGGAGCGCUACCUCACGGUGAGGCAGCUCUACCCGCUCUGGUUCCGGGGACUCAGCGCGGACGAGCCCGUCGUGCGGGAGAUACUGCUGGCCGGGUAUCUGGUUCCACUUCCUGAGCGCGAUGAGUUUGGUCGCAGAGUGAUUCUGAGAUGUGCAGGUACUUACAGUCAUAUCUUUCAAAAUUGUCUUUAUUUUCAGAAAUCUACACCCAUGAGGCACAAAUCGUCUACCUUCCUAAACCUCCCUCAUUACGCCAGCAAGUUCAUGGAGUUCUUUGUCACCCUGCUGAACGAAAAACUUAAAUCAAGGAUUAAGUUGAUAUCAAAUACUGAAGAGCUACAAAAGAUUGUAAACAUAAAAAUUCUGCCAAAAGAAUACGGUGGAGAAAUGCCCCUGAGUGAAAUGAUAGACAAGUUUCUGCUGAAGCUGGAGGAGAGACGAGAGGCCAUAAAGGCGCUGGACGAGAUGGAGAUGGAGGUCGACCAGAAAACCAAGUUCGUGACGGACCUGGAGGACGAACUGGCCGGCGUGGCGGGCAGCUUCCGGCAGCUGGAGGUCGACUGAGCGAGACCGCCGACCGAGCGCACGGAAACCUCUCUUCGGCACUCGCGCACGCACGCACUCAUCACCCCCCCCCCCCCCCCUUUCACUCCCAGCCCGCACGUCGGAGUGACUGGCACGAUCGUGCGUGAACAGCCGGCAGCCGCGAACUCCAAUUGCAAUUGGCAGCGAGAUCAACUUUUCGAAACACCCGAUACAACAUUGCCCUUGUAUUAGGGAUGGGGGGUAAAAAAACUGUACCUGUACAGUAGUAGCAAUUUCUUUAACUUUUCACAGAGAGAAAAAAAAAAAUACUAACUAGCUAGGAAAUAAACCGAAAUAUUCUCGAAAUUUUUAGUUAAUGAAGCUUAAAUUCUCAAUGAAAAAAAAUUUGUUGGUCACAUUUGCUGAACAUUGUUGAAGUUUUGAACAUUUUUAUAUACAUUAUUUUUAUUUUUUUUUUUACUUUUUAAAUGAGAACUGUUUUAUCUUAGAUUUUAAAGAAAAGUAUCUACAUACAUAUAUUUAAAGCUGCUUUUAUACGCAAAGCACUGUAUGUAUCUGGAAAAUCAUUACUUAUCAUAAGAAUGCUUACAAUUAUUGUUGACUGAAAUUUUUUUUAUUCUUACAUGUAAACCAAAAUAUUUUGUAUGUUUGUAUAUUACAACAGUAGAAAAUUUUGUUUGCUAAGCUAAAAAUAAAGUACAAAAAUUUGUGCGGAGUUCCUGCAACAUCUAGAAUAUAUGCUACAUCUAGGUAUGUAGCGAACUGACAAAAGUAGAUGGUUCUUAGCUAUUACAAGUGUAUUUACUAAUUCACUGAAUUUAAUCACAAGACACUUAUAAUUCAUAAAGAAUUAUGUUUUUUAUUUGUAUUAAUUUUUAUUAUACAUACAAAAAUACAGUUUGUAUGUCCAAUUUUAUAUCUUUAGUUUAAGUUUUUAUAUUUAUGUAUGUGAAUUAAAACAUCACAAUGCUGGUGGUAUAAAGUUACCAAUACCCAAAAUAUUUCUAAACAAAAAGAAAUUUUUGUGUAUUAACUAGGUUAGUAGAAUGAAAUAUAUCAUGAAUCACUGUGUAGAGCAGAUACUUAGCGGUGUAUUUGUAUUUUCCAGUGCUCAACACACUGAAUAUUUAUUAAUUUAACACAGCACUGUUUUACAACGGAUGUGAAGUGACACUGUGAUAUAUUGGGCUUUUUGCACAACUUGUUAUAAUGCUGAUUACUAUUUUAUAUUGUUUAUUCAAUUGUUUAUAAAUACAUAUAUUGCAAGAUUAUUUACCUUGGAUUUUUUUUUAAAAAUAGUUUCAACCAUUACUACAAACUUAAUUAAUAAUAAAUAACUAUGCUUUUUAAUGAACUGCUUAUAACAUAAGUAUGGCAUGCUUGGUUUUUUUAAAUUUCAUAUUUAACGUCUGGUUGAAAGCGAGGUCAUUAGAGAUGGUAGCACGCCUUGCAGAUAAGGGAUUACAUAUACCGUAGAUGAUUGACGACCCGAUAUAAAGACUGACCUGGAUUGUCCGAUCAAUAACAAAUAUAUAUUACUGCUACCCCUUUCAAUCAUUACUCCUAAAAUGAAUAUCACUGGCCACCAGUGAUGGAACCAGGAUUUUGGUUUGGGAAGGGCUUAACCCAGAAAAUUUAAAAUACAUAAUAUAUCUACUUAAAAUGGAUUAAGUAUUAGUGUUGAAAAUUGUACUGUAGGUAGUGUAAUACUAAGAAAGAAUAAUAUCAAGUUUAAUUUGAGAUCUGUCAGGGGUGGACCAAGAUGCAUAUUUUUAGGAAGAUAAGAUCCAAUUAAAAAGACUACACAUAUUCAAAAACUUUUACUAUAAAUAUAAUCUUUCACAAUGUACACAAGAAAUUGAAGCUACAUUGAGUUGUAUGGUAGUACAGCGUAUGGAAACAGUUUUAUACAUUCUUAGUUUCAUUUUUUUAAUAAAAUAUUUAUCACAGAAAACUGAACAAAACAAUUUACAAAGCACAUGCAAUGAAUAACAAAUAAAACCAUAUAUAGAUGGGCCGGUCGAAUCCUAAAACCUUCAUAAUCAUCAAAAUAUUAGUAAUAAAAAUGUGAGAUUUUAAUAAAAGAUUCAAAGAAAAAUACCUAUUGGAAAAAAAGUAACAGGUAAAUUCAGUGCUGACAACUAUAAAGUUUAUUAGGUCAAUUUAUUUUUCUUUCUUUUUAGCUAUCCUAGUUCUGUGCC